AUGACAACAUAUUUCAUUCGCAACUAUAUAGAAAUCUUGAAGGAGUGUGGUGGAAUGAACAUUGAGAAACAAAUGAAGAUUUAUACAAAGAGAGAUGGUAAAUACAUUGUUCGCAUGGAUAGAACAACGCCGUUAUGGGAUGUUAUGAAAACAUUGUGGGAGUGCAAAUAUUUUGAACCUAUUUCUUAUGGAGAACUUUUCACAUAUACGACUGACUUAUAUAAACAGAACCUUGCACCAUUUAAAGAUUUGACAUAUGCUCCAAAGUAUUGUGUACAACUGAAGAAGAAAGCCGAGUCAAAAGAAGUAAAUAAAAAUAAGUGCAAGUUCAUUCCUGAGCAUGUUUUCUUUGCUGACUUUGAGUGCAGUACCGAUGGCUUUCAUAAAGCUUUUAACAUCUGUUAUGACAGUGAAGAUGGUUCAGUGAGUGAAAGCAUAUGGGGUCAGAACUGUGCAACAGAAUUUUUGGAACGACUUCCUGACAAGAGUUUAAUAUAUUUCCAUAACCUCAGUUAUGAUAUAAACUUCAUCUUAAGACACAUGACAGAAGUGAAAGGAACUCCCAUCAUUAAAGGUUCACGAACAAUGCAAAUAACUGGUUUAUAUAAAGGACGGGCAAUUAUUAUAAAAGACUCUUACAGUGUUAUAAAUAAGAAGCUUAAACUAUUUCCUGCUAUGUUUAACUUACAAACAGGACCGAAAGAAGUAUUUCCAUAUAACUACUACAGCAGUACUUUGUUAGCAAAUGACAACAGAACUGGUGUCAUUUCUGAAGCUUGUAAGUUUAUCCGGGAUGCAGAUACAUUCAUGAAAAACAUAGAUUCCAUCAAAGGUUGCAGAAUAGAUGAGAACCACUUCGACUUAGAAAAAUAUAGCACGUUUUAUUGCAAACAAGAUGUAAGAAUUUUAAGAGAAGGUUUUGUUAAGUUCCGCAAUGACUUAUUGAAAGAAUUUGAUUUAAACGUUUAUGACUACGUUAGUAUUUGUUCAAUUGCUAACAAAUUAUUUGAGAACAGAGUGUACUUCCCGAAUGGAAAUCUUUAUGACCUCUCAAAUAAACCAAGAGAAUUUAUUUCACGCUGUAUUCAAGGUGGAAGAUGUAUGUUGUCAGAUAACAUGAAACAAAAGAGCGAAAAGAAACUCAUUGCUGACUUCGACGCUGUUUCAUUAUAUCCAUCAGCUAUAGCAAGACUUUAUACUUUAGAAGGAAUUCCAAAGGUUAUGAAGGAUGAGAUGCUAAGCACAGAGUAUCUCAUGAGACAUUUAUUCGAUGACGACCAAAAGGAACCCAUUGGUGAAAAGUUUAUGUCUGGCUUCUUUGUUCUCAUUAAGAUAACAGAGAUUGGAAUACAUAGACACUUUCCUUUAAUAGUUUGUGACCCUGAACUAAAUCCAGAACUUAACGUUCCCAGAAGUUCAAACACUUGCUGUUUAAUGUAUGUUGACCAUAUAACAUUACAAGACCUCAUAAAAUAUCAAGGUGUCAAAUGUGAAGUGUUGCAAGGAUACUAUUACGAUGGAAACAGAGAUAUUAGAAUAAGAGAUGAAGUAAAGAAGUUGUUUGAGUUAAG